AUGCAAUCAGCACAAGAUCGACCAUCGUCUCCCGCUUACAGAGCGGAACCACCAGCGUAUACGGCUGAGCGACCAGAGCACAUGGCUGGACCACCAGCCUUCAUGGCACGCAGACGCGCAGCUACCUUCUUCACCCCAAACGGCCGCAGAGACUUCGUCGUGGAGCAUCUGCGACUGGAUCCCCUCACGGCCGCGAUGUACGAGCAGGCCAUCCAUGAUGGGACCCAUAUGAUCGGCCGACAAGGCUAUGGUGAGCUCUGCAAGACACGCCAGUAUGAUCUAGACUACUGGGUAGCUAAAGAGCGAGGCGAGGACCCUGCCUUUGUGAAGAAAGUAGGCACUUCUGUAAUGGUUCCAAGUGGAUAUUUGACCUAUUUAGAAGAGCUUAGCAAGGCUAGAAGACGUGGGGAGAUCGAGCGGGAGAUCGUUGUCCUUCAGGAGAAGGCUCAACAUAAGCACUAUUGGGGACUAAACGGAAUCAUGCGAUCCAACUGUCUGUACGCAAUCGACAGACUGGAGAAGGAGCUUGUCGAGAUUCAAGCUAUUGGUGGGCGCCGGAGUCUUAACAGCUGGUGA